AUGCAUUUCUAUGAGGAGAAUGGAAUCCAGAGGAAAUUUUCUAUGAGGAAGACACCACAACAUAAUGGUGUUGAAGAGAUGAUGAACAUGACUCUGGCGGAGAAGGCAAGGUACCUCCGGUUGAAUACUAGUCUUCCAAAAGGUUUAUGGGAAGUAACACUCAAAAUGGCAUGCUAUCUAAAUAAAACAUCACCUUACGCUUCAUUAAAUGGCAAAGUUGAAAAGGGGGUGUGGACAACUGGUGCUCUCAUUAUUCUUGGUAUGAGAUUAGGAUUUUGGAUCUCAAGCAACAUAGACGUCUUCACUAGCAGGGUUCCUCAAGAUACAAUUUUUUCUUCAUCAGAGAUUUCUUCGAAGAAUAUGUACUUUGGGAUUCAACCUGUGUACUUGAGACUUUAUCAUAUAUUAUCUAAGAAUGUCAUUGAGCUAGGUUUUGUUCCUCUCGCCAUCUCAAGCCUUCUCCAUCCGUAUGCACUCGAGCAAGCAUACUGUCAAAAUGUACCUACUGGUGAUGAUCCUCCAUUAUCUCAACAGCAGAGAGUUGCAAAGCAUGUGCACUCAGCCGUGUUACGAUAUAACUAUUACCAUAAAAAACAACAUCCAGAGCUAGCAUUUGUGGCAUUUGAGGAGUUCUGCAAAUUGGCUGUGGAUCUGAGCCCAACUUUAUUAGCAUAUUUGAAAUUCACCCAGAAGCCUGAUCAACGUACCCUUUUGAUAUGGAACAACAGCUGUCAAUAA